UGUUUUGUCACCGCGUUAGCGAAAAGAAAAUUCCGCGGGUCACUUGACUGUUUGGGAAUAAUGUCGGGCAAUGUUGGGAUGGAACAGCUUAUCCCGUUGGUUAACCGGCUGCAAGAUGCGUUUUCCUCAUUAGGAGUCCCACUUAAUUUGGAUCUGCCUCAGAUCGCUGUAGUCGGAAGCCAAAGCGCAGGAAAAAGCAGUGUUUUGGAAAAUUUCGUCGGUCGAGACUUUCUCCCUCGUGGAAGUGGAAUUGUCACACGCCGACCUUUGGUCUUGCAACUAAUCAAUUCGCGCAACGAAUAUGCUGAAUUCCUACACUGUAAAAACAAGCAGUUUACAGACUUUGAUGAGGUUCGCAAGGAAAUAGAAGCGGAGACAGACAGGCUAACUGGAAGUAACAAAGGAAUUUCCAACACUCCUAUUAAUCUUCGUGUUUACUCUCCCAAUGUUCUCAACUUAACUCUGAUUGACUUGCCUGGAAUGACUAAAGUUCCUGUCGGUGAUCAACCUCUAGAUAUUGAAGUCCAAAUUAGAUCAAUGAUUUUGGAAUUUAUUACGCAGGAAAAUUGUUUAAUUUUGGCUGUUUCCCCCGCGAAUUCCGAUUUAGCUAAUUCAGAUGCAUUAAAGUUGUCCAAAGAAGUAGACCCUCAAGGUUUGCGAACAAUAGGAGUAGUAACAAAGUUAGAUUUAAUGGAUCAGGGUACGGAUGCUCGAGAAAUCUUGGAAAACCGUCUUCUGCCACUUAGAAGAGGCUAUAUCGGUGUGGUUAAUCGUAGUCAGCGGGAUAUCGAAGGUCGUAAAGAUAUUAAAGCUGCUUUAGCAGCUGAAAGAAAAUUCUUUCUAAGUCAUCCAUCUUAUCGUCAUAUGGCUGAUCGAAUGGGAACACCAUUUUUGCAAUCUACAUUAAAUCAACAAUUAACUAAUCAUAUUCGAGAUACUUUACCUGGUCUAAGAAAUAAACUCCAAUCACAAAUGCUAGCUAUGGAAAAAGAAGUUGAAGAAUAUAAACAUUACAAACCUAGUGAUCCAUCUUUUAAAACUAAAGCUUUGCUCCUAACAGUACAAAGUUUUGAAAAAGAUUUUCAUCAUGCAAUUGAUGGAGGAGGUUCUGAAAUAGAUACAAAAACGUUAUCUGGUGGCGCAUUAAUUAAUCGUAUAUUCCAUGAGCGUCUACCAUAUGAAAUGAACAAGAUCGAAACUGAUGAAGAAGAAUUACGGAAAGAAAUAAGUUACGCCAUUCGUAAUAUACAUGGUAUUAGAACUGGAUUAUUCACGCCUGAUUUAGCUUUCGAAACUAUAACUCGUAAACAAAUUGAUAAAAUGAAAAUACCGUCAUUGAAAUGUGCUGAUUUAGUUGUGGCUCAAUUGACUGAAAUUGUACAUGCAUGUACUGCACGUAUGGAGAAUUUUCCACGUUUAAGGGAAGAAACAGAGCGUAUUGUAAAUCAAUGGAUUCGUGAAAGAGAAAUUCGUGCCAGAGAUCAAAUUGUACUGUUAGUUGACAUACAGUUAUCCUAUAUGAAUACCAAUCAUGAAGAUUUUAUUGGUUUUGAAAGGAAUUCUCUCAUACAUACGCCGCUAUGUAUAUUACGUGCAGAACAACAGUCGUCAGAAGUAGCAAAAAAUAAACCUGGAAAUAAGGUAAUUCGUAAAGGUUGGUUAUCUUUGCAAAAUGUUACUUUGCUUCGUGGAGGUAACAAAGAUUUUUGGUUUGUAUUGAAUACUGAAUCAUUGACCUGGUACAAAGAUGAUGAGGAGAAAGAAAAGCGUUAUGUCCUAUUAUUGGAUGGUUUAAAAAUACGCGAUAUUGAAACGGGAUUUUUCGGUAAAAAGCAUGCUUUUGCAUUAUUUUAUCCGGAUAAUCAUAAUGUCUACAAAGACUAUAAACAAUUGGAAUUGUGUGCUGAAUCAGCUGAAUUAGUUGAUUCAUGGAAGGCAUCAUUUUUGCGUGCCGGUGUUUAUCCAGCUAAAACUAAAUCGGAAAAAACGGAGCAAUCUGACACUUCAUCACUUGAAUCCAGUGAGCCUCAGCUGGAACGUCAAGUAGAAAUUAUACGAAAUCUAGUCGAUUCAUACAUGAAAAUUGUGAUUAAAACACAGUUAGAUUUGGUACCAAAAUUGUUAAUGCAUAUGCUUGUUAAUGAGAUUAAAUCCUUCUUAAAAGGUGAACUAUUACCAAAUUUAUACCAAGCUGGUGACUUGAAUUCCUUAAUGUCUGAAUCAUUGGGGGUUCAACAAAAACGCGAUGAAAUGGUCCGCGUUUAUGAUGCUAUGAAAGAAGCGUUGAAUAUUAUAAGUGAAGUGUCUAUGUCCACUGUAUCAACACCAAUUCCACCGCCAGUCAAUGAUGACUGGCUACAGAGUGAUAUUCCAGGCGGUUUAACUGCUCCGGGAUCUACAGGUACACUUCCUCCUCCUAGUCCAACAGCUAAUCGUCGUCCACCAGCACCACCUCCUCCUGGUGGAUGGAAUUCUACAAGUAAUACGGGUUCAAUCAAAGGCUCUGGUCCCAGACAAGUACCAUCAGUUCCUGCUAAAACAAGUUCUGGACAACUACCUUCUCCAUUGAUUCCCCAGUAAGCUUUUGUUGUUGUCGUUGUUUUCAAAUUAUUGUUGUUUCGAAGUAGUGAACCCUUAAAAGAAGAUAAAUUAUGCACUUUUUUAGAGAUAGCUAUUAGCGUACGAAGAAAUAUAGUUCCAUUGAUGAAGAAAAAACAACUUUCUUUUCGUAAAAUAACAUAGAACUUCUUAAUGAUAGAUUGUUAUCACGCCUACAAACAUAUUUGUAUGAGUAGAAAAAUGACAGUUGGUGUGGAAGUGUUCAGAAAUCGGAAAAAAAGAGUGAUUUUUCUAUUAUAUUACCAAAGGAUAAUUUAUCUUCAACUUAUACAACCAUGCUGUUACGGAUCCACCUUGCAAGUUUUUAAUUCCUUCACAUAAUUUAGACCGCAAGUCGGUAAAUUGUUGAACUAUAGUCAAUGUCUAGAUUUGGUCGAUACUGACUUUUUUCUUCCUCAACUAAACGCGAUAUACAGUUCUGAGUGAUACAUCAUCUUCUAAAGCUGAAAUUUUUACUAUUAAUAAGCUUUUAUCAGAAAAGUGUCCAUAUACUUUGAUUUAAGAAUUAUUGAAUUGUCUUUACUCAACAUUGUGAGCAAAUUGAUUAUCUAAAGAACGAUUAGCAUCAAAACCUAACCAGCCAACAUUUUUAUGGCAAUAUUGGUCAAUAGACUAGAAUUGAUUGUGCAAGUUUCAUUUUAUUCAUGCACAUUUUAUAUUAUGUAGUUAAAAUAAUAAUAUACUUAUUUGGUCAAAUAUGUGUCUGUGUGAAAUGCUAUUUUAUAGGAGCUCUGUAUGUAUACUACUAAAGUAUACAAAUUUUAUGUCGGUAGUGUUGAACUCUACACUCAUGACUUUAAUUGUGAAUGUUGAAACUAACCUUUAUGAUAUAGGCACAUUUAUAGGGAUAGAUAUAAUUGGACAAAUUAUUUAUAUGGGAGAUAUUUCUAUAGCGUUUACAAGUUUUACAGACUACUUACAAUAGCGGUAGUAUGUAAUUCUAACAACUUAAAUUAAAACUUUCAAAGCCAUAAAGUCAAACUAUACCUCAAAAUUUGUGGGAGUUAAACAGUAGAUAACGCAAUGUAUAUUUAUGAUUCACUGUACUAUAUUAUAAGCUUCCAAACAACUGUUUGAUUAUAUUAUUAUUUGUUUUCAUUCAUUAUAAUUAUCUACUAACAGUUGUCUGUAAAUUCAGUCAAUAAAUAUGUGUGAUACUACUUGUGUUUUCUGUUGGGUACUGGUUUAUUUUGUACUUGGAGGGGGAGUUACUUCAUAAUAUUACAUUAUUCCUGUUGUAAACAUGAUAAACUGCACUGUUUUCUUAAAUUAUUUGUCUUUUUGUUGUUUCAUGUGUUGUGCAUUGUAUAUGUUGUCACUUAUUUCUGUUUUAUUCAUUUUGUACGUCUGUUUUUCAUCGAUGCACAUUUCCUACGAUUACUACUACCGUCACAAUUGUAAAUCUCAUGUUUUACAUGUAUACGUGCACAUUCUAUACAUGUGUAUGUAUAUAUAGACGGUUAUAUCCAGCUGACAUGUUCUCGAUCGUGAAAGAUUCCAAUUCUCCUGGAUUAAUUAAUUCUAUUACAAGUUUUCCACUAGUACCACCAUCCAUUCCUGCGUAAGUAAAUAAAACCAUAUAUCAGUCAAUGUUUACCAUCCAAUUUGGAAUGUUGAUUUUUUUCCUUGUUGUUGUCGUUGUUUCUUGCAUUAAAAACUGGUUUGCAUGAGGUUGAAGUGAGUUUCCGUUUGUUUCUUUUUUUAUUUGUAUACCGAACAGAAAGUGGUAAACAGUUAAUCACACCAUAGGAUGCGAUAAAAAAAUCUUAAGGCGAAUGUAUGCCUACUUAUUCAAUUGAUGAACAAGAGAUUAUGAAUUAAUUACUCUAUCAAGCUACUACUUUUACAUAAUCUCUUAAUAACAGUGUACAUAAAUACCAAACGACUUAAAUUUAAUUUCAAUGAAAUCUUGAGUCGAUCGCAUUUAAACAACCAUUGAAAACUUGGAAGCACUGGAUGGCCGUUUGGUUUUAGUACGAAACUAAUUGUACGAAUUCCUUAUUAUUGUUAAAUGAGUUACUAUGUUACAUCUCAGCCUUAUAUCGAUGAUAUUAAUGUAGAUUAAUGUACUUAAAGUGUGAAAGUGAUUUAUCAUCAGGUGAUAAGGUAAACUGUUCAAUAGAUAACAAACGCUUGAUUCGAAGAUAACCAUCCUUUCUCAGUGUUCAGUAAAACGUACAAUAUUCAAUAAUUUCGACCAUUUCCUCAUUCAUUUAGUCCGUCAGUGUGACAUGUAAAACUGUAAUUUACACUGAGAGUCUUCUGUUAAUACGCUACUGUAGCUCAUUCCAACUUGCAGGAUGAAAAAAAGCAAUAAAGUGAAAGUUACAACGAAAUUUAAAGCUAAAAUAAUUCUUUUAUCUGUAGUAUUAACUUAUUAUAUAUAAACAGAAAUAAUGCUAGGAUAUUGAAAACAUAUUACACAUUAAUCGACAGAUACACUAUAAAUUCACAGAUGUAUAUCUUAUGCUUACGGUUGUUAUCACUGAUGUUGAAUCUUCGACACCCUUAAAUGUUAGGUUUGUUUGGAUUAUUCACUGUUUUUAUUGUAAUGAUUUGAAAUUGUCAAAUGUGCUUGAACAUAUAAUAUUGACAUUGUGAGUUUGAAAACUCAUAAUGCAUAUUAUAAAGUUUGUGAUAACCAACCGAUGCACGUUUCUACUCGGUCUUAUGUUAUUUGUAAUUAAAACUCAAACGACUUUUAGGGAUAAUAUUUUUUAUGAGAUUUAUUCCACAUACUUUUUUUCUAAAUUCCCCAGUUAUAUUUACAUAAUAACACUUUAGUAAUAGCUACGAACACUUUUUGAUCGAUCUACUACUUCAAUAAUCGUGAUCAAUCAUUUCACUUAAAAUGUCUUUCACAGUAGAUCUUUGCAUAUCUCACAGAUUAAAACUUUCAAUGAUUCUGAGUUGUUUAUUCACACACUGUUGUGACCUUUUGUAAUUUAUAUUCGGUUCACAACGAAUAGUCAUGAAUUAUUUUUAAACAUUGUAUAAUCGUUGAGGAAAUGUGAAAUUUCUUCAUUCUUCCUAUCUUACAUGUUAAUAAUAGUAAUAAGACAUCUACUAUGAUGAAAAUUUAUUUAAUCUUGUGGUACACACUAAGGGCUCUUUAGGUAAAGCUAUACCUAUACUGAUGAUUUUGAACUGAUUUUAAGCCUAUCAGAAUCCAAGUGAUGUAUGUGGAUAAUAUACUACGUAAAAUUCCAUAAAGGUUUAAGAAGCAAGUUAGAAAUCAAAUGCGAGAAUGCUGUGCUGUCAUAAGAAUGAAAAUACAGUUAGUUCUUUGGUUUUCUUUAAAGUCUAGUACCUUUCUUAUUAUUUUAAAUAUUUAUAAAUUGUGUUCUUUCUAUGUUUAUAAAUUUUAAGCAUCUUACUAACUAAAUAUUGACAGGGCUUACUCAAAUCUUAAUAAAGUACAAAUUAACCUCAGUCUUCAAUCUGAUUGGUUUGUCGGUUUAGUUUUCCGCUUCUUGAAUCAGUAAAUGUAUAUAAUUUACUUGUCAGAAAAAUAAUAAUAGUCUUUUCUAAAGGUCUGUUGUGAAAUGUUUCACACUAGACAGGAAACGUUCAAUUAAGGUCUAGAUUAAACAAAGUUCAGUAUUUAGUUUCCGAUGUUAUUUUUCACUUUUCACUGUUUUAAUAUAUUUUUUUCUCCACUAAUUUUCAAUCACACUUUGUCCGAUUUCAUUUUAGGCGUCGUUGAUAUACCUAUUAGGUGUCGUUGAUAAGUCACAUCACUCAAACACUGUUAUCAGAAUCCAUUAAUGCAAUUAUUUAUUCUUAAAAUCAAUAUUACAUUUUCUUCUAAUAAUAAUAUUAUAUUGUGAAAAACAAUUUCAGUUGGUGACGAUUUAUGUCAAACAAUUAUACAUUUCAAUGUGUUACAUCAGUUAACUUACAUGCGAACCUCCAUGCACAUGGAUACACUCAUAUAUAUAUAAAAUUUAUGAAGCUUGGUUAAUAACCAAGCUGCUUUGAUGCAUAAUAACAAAUAUUGUUGUAUACUUCAUAAAUUAUUCUUAUUGUUGUAAUCAAUCUCAUUCAACAUUAUCAUCAUCAUAUUCCUUACCGUCUUCAACUUUAUCCUUCAAACCAUAUAUUUACACAGUAGUAUACGGUUACACUAUUGAUCUUUUAUUUAAAAUUCUGUUUGUAAUUAUAUUACAGUUGUUAUUCCUUUAUCACUAUUAUCAUUACCUAAAACCCAUACUACAUUUAUUACCAGUUUAUGGUAAUGUUAACGAUAAGUAUAAUAUUACUUAUGAUUGGUUUGGAAAAUAUUAUUAUUCAUUCCUUGUUCUUUGUGUUUUUAUUCAUUCGUUAAUUAAUUGAAAUAUGUUGUGAUGGAGGAUUACUAUUUAUUUUGUAGAUAUUUCCUUCAUUUUGUCUUAAGUUAAUUAUUUAAUGGUUUUUUUAUAUUGACUGGGAUAUUGUUGUUAAUCAUAAGGUGGUAUAACUUAUAUUUUAGCAAAGAUUAUUAGAAAUCAAAUUGUCUUUUAAAUAAUGGAUAUACAUAUAUUAAAACUUAUUAUUUGCUUUCAGAGAACUAUGUAUAUAGUUUGUCCACAAAAAUAUGCAAAUUAAGAUAUUUACGUUAUUAAUUAUGAAUUUAGGCAAUUUUGUUUCUGCAAGUAGGAAACUUCAUUUGUAAAUUAGUCUCAUGCUACUAUUUUUUGAUGGUAUCGAAUACAAUGGAUCCUUUUCCAGGAAAGCAAACUAGGAAUGUUGCCUUAUACUGUUGUUGCUAUCUUGACAUGGUGGUCGGGCUCGCCUAUCGUGAUGAAGCAACCGAGCUAUACUGGCUGGAACAACCAUUCCUCACGGUCCUACCAUGUCAGACAGGUCGGUUGAAGAGCGGUAGGACUACAAGCAACAAACCCAAAGUCCGAAGGCGAAGUCGUACUGCUGGCUGUAGAGGGGUGUGACAGAAGUAAGGUGUUUCCUUCAGACAACCAGCAUGACAGCGAUGCUGCCUUCCAUCAAGGAGGGAUGGGGUUAGAAAAGGUCGACCCUAAAAAUGCACACCUCGCCUUAUCCCACGGAUAUCCGUCUCAGGCGGUAAGGUCUCAACAAAUACGGAGCUAACACAAAAAUUACUCAUAGAAAGGUCGUGUGUGACCGACCUCAAGCAGUUGUCGAACGGGCACUGCGGUCACGCUCUCAAGUCACUAAAACCACCUCUAAUCCAGUUUCCUUUUUAGGUACCUCCAGAAGAACCCUUCCACGGUGUGGGCAACCAGGAAGUGAUAACCGCCCUCAUCUUUGACAGCACUCAAGACCACUGUAUUCAUAAUCAAUCUCCCCCUUCCAACCUUGUAUCUAAGGUUUAUCAUCACCAAACAUCAAAUUGGAAUUUCGUUUUAUUCAUCGAAUUCCAAAAGUUAUGCGUAAGUAGCACUAAGAUGUUAUAGAGACGAUAAAACGUGAAAUUAGUAAGGAUCUGUGGAUGUGACUGAGGUUAUUUUGAACAGUUCCAAUAUAAAUCGUGCAAGUGUAUUAUCACAAAUGGGAAGUAGUUCGAAAUGAAUAAGAUUAAUGUACCUUUAAUUUUGUAACACUGUCCCUAUAACGUGAGUUCUCGUAUUAACUGGAAGGUUUCAACGUAAAGUAUAACUGCAAUUCUAGUGAAGUAACAGAUAAAUCACUAUAGGAUUGACCAAAUUAGUGAAUUUUGUGUUAUGGCGGAGUAUAUACUGAGUGUUUGAAAUAUAAUAAUCGAGGCUUGAUUGCAUUGCCUUCCCAUUGAACUCAAGACUAAAGGGAAGAAGGUGCUCAUAUUGACGGAUUAAUGUAAGUCAAAAUUAUCUCGUCAGCGCUUAGGGUUAAUCGUACUAGCCUUAUGGGUCUCAUUGUCAGAGUUUAGUAAUUAGUCAAUAGGCUACAACAAACCAGCUUUCCAUCUCUGGUCAGUUUUUAUUUCUUUACAAAAGGAAUUUUUCUAAAUUAAAUGGAAACGCUAAAUUUAAAAGUGGAACAUUCAACUACACAUUGGAUGUAAUGAAAAAAUCGCAUGUUACCUUGGAGAAAAUCCGUCUUUAUUUGUUAAUAACUGUUCAGAUUGAGUGAGCAAACCACCAAAACUGUUAAUGGUUAUGUUUAAUCGACGUUUAUAACAUAUCCAUAAGUUAUAUUAUCUGUAUUUUGUAAGUUAAACAUAGUAACAAUCCACUCAUAAGUUCUUUAACAUACAGCCUUCCCGUUGAUGAUUAAUUGUCGUACGUUUUUGAGAAGAAACGAUGUUAAGACUAAUGUGCUUGUGGGUAUCAAACAAACCAAAAUAAAACACGAUUCGGUUUCAAAGUUAUUGAAAACAAGAAAAUAAUAAACAGUCGUUUCAUUCCUGUUUAGUUAUAUUUUAUAGGAUUUAUUGUUUGAAAUUGAUGAUUUGUAAAACACUAUCUUAUAUUACAAUUCUUA